GUUCCUUAACUAGUCUCGUAUCUCAUUGGUCUUUUUCUCGAUUCUUUCUUCAAAAAAAAAUGCAGAUGAAUAACAUCGCAAAACAACGUAAAACGGUGUCGCUCCCUGGAAAAAGCAUUAUGAAAGCAACUGUUUUCAUCGUCGCUUCUCUAUUCAUUUCAGCUACCCUCUUGCACUUCUUGGGCUAUCUCCAUUUUAAUGUUUUUGCAGGUUUCAAGCUAAUAACAAAGACAAAUGAACCCAAAUUCCCAUACCGAUGCGACGUCGCACAGAACCAAUCACAUCAAACUCAUCAUUACUCCCAUAAUAGCUUCUCGAGAUUAAAUCCAAACCGUUCACAACAAACCACGUGUCCUUCUUAUUUCCGUUGGAUCCACGAGGAUCUGCGGCCGUGGAAAGAAACGGGGAUAACUAGAAGGAUGGUCGAAGAAGCGAGCAGGACGGCGCAUUUUAGAUUGGUGAUCCGUAACGGGAAAGCGUACGUUAAGAGAUAUAAGAAGUCAAUCCAAACACGAGCUGAUUUUACUCUGUGGGGAAUCGUACAGUUGUUACGGUGGUACCCUGGGAAAUUACCUGAUCUUGAGCUCAUGUUCGACGCUGAUGAUCGUCCCGUCGUCCGAUCUGUUGACUUUAUAGGUCAACGAGACAAGGAAGCACCUCCAGUUUUCCGUUACUGUUCUGAUGACGCCAGCUUGGACAUUGUUUUUCCUGAUUGGUCCUUCUGGGGAUGGGCUGAAGUGAACGUAAAGCCAUGGGAAAAAUCGCUGGAGGCGAUAAAAGAAGGGAACAAUAUGACGCAAUGGGAGGAUCGCGUGGCGUAUGCUUAUUGGAGAGGCAAUCCUUAUGUUGAUCCUACGAGAGGAGAUCUUCUCAAGUGUAAUGUUUCUGAACAUGAAGACUGGAAUACUCGUCUGUAUGUUCAGGAUUGGGAUAAGGAAUCAAAAGAAGGGUUCAAGAACUCUAACCUAGAGAACCAGUGCACCCACAGAUACAAGAUAUAUAUAGAAGGAUGGGCAUGGUCGGUUAGUGAGAAAUACAUAAUGGCAUGCGACUCAAUGACUUUAUAUGUAAAACCAAGAUUCUAUGAUUUCUACAUACGAGGAAUGACGCCAUUACAACACUAUUGGCCAAUCAGAGACGAUUCCAAGUGUACUUCUCUCAAAUUCGCCGUACAUUGGGGGAAUACCAAUGUGCACAAGGCUCGUGAGAUAGGGGAGAUGGGGAGUAGAUUUAUAAGAGAGGAGGUGAAUAUGAAGUAUGUGUAUGACUACAUGUUUCAUUUACUGACAGAGUAUGCGAAGCUCUUGAAGUUCAAGCCGGAGGUUCCUUUCGAUGCGGAGGAGAUCACGCCGGAUAGUAUGGGAUGUCCAGCGACGGAGCGGUGGAGAGAUUUCAUGGCGGAGUCGAUGGUAAUGUCUCCAAGUGAAGAAUCACCUUGUGAGAUGCUUCCUCCUUAUGACCCUCUAGAAUUAAAAGAGGUGCUUGAGAGGAAAGCUAAUUUAACACGUCAAGUUGAGUUAUGGGAGGACCAAUACUUUCAAGAUCUUACCAAGAAACCAUAAAACUUUUUCUUUUCAUCAGUGAAUUUACGAGUUACAAACGAUAUUUGAUUAUAGAAAAUAAAUUAGGAUUUUCCUC